AUGAGUGAUCAAGAGGCUGAUAUCUAUUUACAAUUAGACCAAUUAAAGCAAGAAUACGAAGAGUAAAUUUUACUCAGCUAUCAAGCUCAAUCCAAAGAAUAUGAAGAACUUCUUGAAUCUGAAGUUGCCGAAAAAGAUGAAAAGCUGUCACAAGCUGUCAAUAAAAUUGAAAAACUUACUGAAGAGCUCCAAAAUUAUAAGGAAAGGUACCAAAAAAACGAGUCAGAGGUAUGCAAACUGCAAAAAGAAAUCGAUCAGCUUAGGUCAAGGCUGAAAAUAUUUGAAGAACAAAAAAGAGAGCUUGAACAUUUAAAUGAUCAAUGGGAAAACUCAGCCAGGAUUCUUGAAUACUCAAAACAAGACUUAGAGGAGCGCUUAUACCAAGCUGAAGAGAACGCUAUCAUGUAUAAAGGUGAGCUUGAUGAAAUAACCUAUGCGAAAGAAGUAGAAAUACAAAGGCUAAAAGAAGAAUGCAAUGAACUUAGACAAGAAAUAGCAACCUUGGCUACACAAAAAGGAGACACAACAAGACUAGCAGAGCUAGAACAGAUGCUAUCUAAUACCUUAAAGGAGCAGGAAGAGCUCAAAUCGCAAUUAGAUACUUCUAGACAAACCAAAAAAUCUGGAUCUCAUAUCUCUUCUCGUAGAAACUCCAUUGAUUCAAGCACAAACUCGCCAGCAGAAGCCUGCCACAGUGUAAAAGUCUUACUCCCCCCCCUCCGUGAGUGAACAAAACCAUUAGAAAAAUCGCUAUUUUUUUCCCCAAAAAACCCACCCUCCGUGACUGAACAAAAUUUUUUUUAAUAGAAAAAUUUUUAAUGGAAAAAAAAUUUGAUAUAUAAGUGAUAAUUAGCAUAAUGAAAUCUAGCGCUAAUUCUGUUUAAUUUUAAACGAAUUGCUUUUUAAAACAUAAAUUUAUAAAUUAAAUUAAUAUUUGUUUUUCCCAUUUUUGCGAAUCAGGAUUUUUUUAAAUUUCGAAAAAAAAUAUUUUUUAUAAAAUUUAUAUAUAAAUUUUUUUAAAAAAAAAAAAUUAACCCCCCUCCGUGAGUGAACAAAAUUUUUUUGUUCACUCUCGGAGGGGGGGGAGUUAGUAAAAGUGCGGCCUGUGCUGGAUUCUGAUACAAAUAAAAGUACUUGUGUGGCUUAUGAUGAGUUGGGAAUCCAAGUCAGCACUUUUUUGAACAAAGAAAAAGGGAAACCUAUAACUGAAAUAAAGAAAUUCGAAUUUGAUAGGAUAUUUGGGUCAGAGUCUUCGAUUGACGACUUGUUUUUUGACAUUGCCCCAUCGAUUAAUAUGGUAGCAUCUGGAGGAAGGGCAUGCAUUUUAGCUUAUGGGCAGACUGGAUCUGGGAAGACUUAUACAAUGAAUGAAGUGCUGUCGAAAUCUGUGGAAGCUUUAAAAGUGGCGAUAGUAGGAGAGUAUCAGGUAUAUUUGAAUUGUAUUGAAAUUUAUAAUGAACAAGUAAGAAACUUGCUAACUCACUGCCUCCAUGAUCGAGAAAAUGAUUGGGAAAUAACUUACUUUGACCUGCUUCUUAGAAAUCACUACUCCUUAAAACAAUUUUUUAUUUGAAAUAUAAUACGUUUAAAUUUUAACAUUAAAAUUACCUAAGACUUAUAAGAGGCUGCCAAACAUUUCUGAUAAAAUCUAUGUAAUUGGUCUGAGUCGAUUUAGAAUUAAUUUUCUGAUAAAUCUGAGUCUGAUCAAAAAGUAUAAUUUCUGAUAAAAUUAUCAUGGUGAUUAUUUUCUUCACAUUCAAACCUGAUUGUUGCAGAUAGAAUCUUUUCUGAGUUUGCUAUUUGGGCCUUGUCGGAUGAUAGCAGUAGACACCAUAUGGGCAUGGCCGUAUUUCCCUCUCCUCCUGGCCCAUAAUCUUUAGAGUAGCCCUAAUAAGUUUAUUCUAUACUAAAUUUUAUUUUUUAUAUGUUAAAUUAUUAAUAGCUUGAGCUUUAUGACAUAAAUUUAAUAAAUAACAUUAAUCAUUAAUUUCAAAUUUGAAAAACUAUUUUUCAAUAUAAAUUUUAAAAAAAUAAUGAAAUUAAAGAAUUUAGUGGCUUACAGAGAAGAGCAGUAAGUAAUGAUGCACUCAGCAAGAACUGAAAAGAAACUGUUGAAAUGGCUGAAAUUAAGCUAGAAAAUGAUUGGUUUAGCCAUACAUUAAAAUGGCGAUGGCGAACCAGCCCUUUUUCUCAACACCUGUAGCCGGGGUUACCCGGGGACCUUGUGGAAGGGGAAAACGCGCUCGGGGCGUGCAUCCGGCCAGGUUUUACCUUGGCACAGCAUAGCGCAAUGUCGAAUUUGGUGGACCGCAGCUCACUCUGUCACAAGGGUUUUACCUCGGGGAAGAAAAGGCUUCCAAGUUGGAAAGGGGAAGCCCAGCAACUUCAGGAAGGUACCUCCUGAUCAAUCGGGCAACUCCCUAGCGCGAUACUGGGCGUUGCGUCCAGGGCUUGGAUUUCCUUUUUGGCCUAUAGCCCUACCAGAAAAAUUUGUUUUUCACAUUUUCGGAAUGGGCAACCUCGUUCUCACAGCCUCAAGCAAGGCCGCAGAAUUCCUAAAUCUGCGCACUCAACACUGGAGCAAGGUUGUAGAUUGCAAGGAGGAGGCAACCAACAGAACAGGCUAGCCAUUAAGUUGGAGUCCUGUAGGCGGAAGUCGCAAAGCGGAGGAACCUUCGGAUCUGGGUGACUGCGUAAACAAUAAGGGCUUAGCAGCCGUUAAUCUCCUAAUUAAGAUUAAUUAAGACUGGUUUAGCCAAUGCUUGACUUUAAUUCAGCAAGCAGCCCUUAAAAGAUCCACAAAAUUUACUGAGUCGAAUUCCAGUUCAUCCAGAAGCCAUUGCAUUUAUACAUUGAAAAUUGUAAAAGGAAGCCAUACAGGAAUUAUUCAAUUUGUAGACUUAGCUGGCAGUGAACGAAUAAGCAAAAGUAAAGUCAGUGGAGAUAUCUUAAAAGAAACUUUGCUAAUCAACAAGUCUUUAUCAGCACUGCAAGAUGUAAUUGCAGCACUAGAAACCAAGCAAAACCAUAUCCCUUACAGAAACUCUAUGCUGACAAGAAUUCUGCAGCAGACUUUAGGAGGUGAAGAAAGCAUGGUAACUGUAAUUUUAAACUGCAAUCCUUGUGAAGAAAGUUCUGGAGAAACUGUCUGUACAUUAGCACUAGGCACUAGGCUUAAAUCUGUAGAUUUAGGAUAUUCAAUUAGAAAAAACCUAAAAAAUGAAGAAGUAGAAAGGACUCUUAGGCUGCUGGAAAAAGAAAGGGCUGAUAAAAAUACAAUUUUAAGGAAACUAGACAAGCUAGAAAGAGAUAUUGAAAGCUACCAAUAUGCCAUAAAAGAUAGGGACUCGAAAAUCGGAGGACUUAUAAUUAAAAUGAAAAAUAAAGAAAAACAGCUUACAGAAGAAAAUGAGAAAUAUAGAAAAGAGCUAGUUUUAUUGAAAAAUUUUCAAGAUGAAGCAAAUAAAAAGCUGAGAAUAAUAAAAUCUCAUGCAGAAAAUGAAGCACAAGCUAAAAAUAAAGCUCUGCAGCAGCUUAAGGUGAAAGAUGUGAAUAUUAAAAGAGUGCUUAGCGCAAGUCCACUGGCGUUGAGAAGGCCUCCAACAAAAUAUCAGCCGAUUCAGACUGCAAACCAGUCUACGCCUUCCAGAAUCCCUCGACCUAAGUUCCGAGAGAGCUCAGCUGAGUCUUACUCGAAAAACGGCACAAAUCACUAUAAUUUUGCACUUUAG